AUGUUCCAGGCUGUUGCUGAGUUCCUCAAGCCCAAAGCGGCCAUAAAGACGCAGCACUAUGCGCAUCUCAAGAAUAACACGCACAGAACUUGGUACAAGGAUGCAGGUCUCCGCAAGAACGUGUGGCAUUGUGUAGGCUUCUACUUUGCGGUCUUUUAUCUUGGGUAUGAUGCAUCUCUUAUGAAUGGACUCCAAGCGAUCCCCGAAUGGGAAGCAUACUUCAACAAUCCAUCCGGAGCAACUCUGGGACUGAUCUCGGCAAGUCUCUUCCUUCCUGCUAUAAUCACGCCAUUCAUAGCCUCUUGGAUAAAUGGUCUUUGGGGUCGAAAAUGGUGCUUAGCUGUCGGUUCCAUCUUGUUGAUCCUCGGUGCGUUUCUCAACGCAUUUGCCAAGAAUAUCGGAACAUUCAUCGGCGGACGAGUCAUCAUUGGUGCCGCGGGACCAUUCGGAAAGAUCACGGGCAUUGCGCUACUUCAAGAACUUGCGCAUCCUCGCCUACGGCCCUACGUCGCAACUGCGUAUUACAGUAACUACUACGUUGGCCAGAUUGUGGCGGCUUGGUUCUGCUACGGCACACUGUCUUGGCCGUCAAGUCAGUGGAGAUGGAGAGCUCCCUGUCUCUUCCAAGCUUUUGCCCCUGCUGUUGUCCUCGUUCAUCUGCUCUUCGUGCCUGAGAGCCCUCGAUGGCUCGUCGACCAUGACCGAUCGGAAGAAGCCCUCAAGGUUCUGGCCGAUGAGCACGCCAAUGGCGACAUAGACGACGAGUUGGUUCGAUACGAGUAUGAUGAGAUUUGCCGUGCUCUCCAGCUCGAGAAGGAAAGCAACAAUGCCAAGUACAGUGACUUCCUCAAGACUCCUGGCAACCGUCGUCGACUACUCGUGCUCGUCACCAUGGGCACGGGUUCUAACUGGGUUGGUAAUGGCAUUAUUGCUUACUAUCUAUCUCCAGCAUUAAAACUCGUCGGUAUCACAUCCUCCAGCUCCAUCGCUGGUAUCAACGGCGGCAUGGCGAUCUGGUCUCUCAUCUGGGCCUACGCUGGUGCCAUGAGUGCCGAGCGUCUCGGUCGCCGUACACUCUGGAUCACAGGAACAGCUGGCAUGUGUGUCGCUUACACUAUAAUCACUGGUCUUAGUGGUUCCUUCGCCGAGAACCCGUCUCGGAGUGUAGGUAUCGCUGUGGUGCCGAUGAUGUACAUCUUCAAGACUUUUUACUGCAUCAGCUGGUCCCCUUUGCCGUUUGCCUAUGGCGCUGAGAUCCUGCCAUAUAAUCUGAGACUUAAGGGCUUGAGUAUUGAGCUCAGUGUACAGAGUGUUGCAUUGGCAUUCAACCAAUGGGUCAACCCUGUGGCUCUUGAAGCAAUUGCUUGGAAGUACUAUAUCGUUUACAUCGCUGUCAUCGCCAUGUAUCUUGUUCUUAUCUUAUUCUUCUUCCCGGAGACCAGGAAUAUGACCAUUGAGGAAGUCUCCGUCCUGUUCGACACCGGACGAAAGGGCGAUGCAGCAGCAGCAACCCGCAAGUUCCACAAUAGCACGAAAUUGGAUGACAUGCUUGAGGAGGUCGAUGAUCCUGAAAAAGAGGGAACAGUUCAAAGGGUUGAGAAAGCUUAG